AAAACUGGUCAAAUGGAACCGAAGAGGAGAUGAUUCCAACUUGAAAGCCAUAAUUUAUUAUGAAAUCUCCAUUUAGCCACGCUGUGGCGACAUGAGCACGUCACAACCAAUAUUUCCGCCAGAGAAGAUAUAAACCACUAGACCUGCUACAUGAAUGUGGCAAACAUUGGCAAAGCCCCACAGCUGGAACUGAAAAAAUCUGAAGUCCAGGAGGAAAGUUCUCGGGGGUGGGGUGGACUACCUAAUCUUCCUCAUUUAUGAUUAAACACAUGAUUACAUGCUAAAUUCCCUGACUGGCGCUGACUCAACCGCUUCACCUAGGAACCACACAGCUUCAACUAGGAACUACACAGCCGAACCUAGAAACUACAUCGCUUCACCUAGGAACCACACCGCUUCAACUAGGAACCACACCGCUUCACCUAGGAAGCACACAGCUUCAACUAGGAACUACACAGCCGUACCUAGGAACCACACUGCUUCAACUAGGAACCACACCGCUUCACCUAGGAACCACACAGCCGAACCUAGGAACCACACCCCUUCACAUAGGAACCACACAGCUUCAACUAGGAACUACACAGCCGAACCUAGGAACCACACUACUUCAACUAGGAACCACACCGCUUCAACUAGGAACCACACGGCUUCACCUAGGAACCACACAGCUUCAACUAGGAACUACACAGCCGUACCUAGGAACCACACCGCUUCGCCUAGGAACCACACAGCCGAACCUAGGAACCACACCCCUUCACCUAGGAACCACACCCCUUCACCUAGGAACCACACAGGUUCACCUAGGAACUACACAACCGAACCUAGGAACCACACCGCUUCACCUAGGAACCACACAGCUUCAACUAGGAACCACAGAGCUUCACCUAGGAACUACACAGCCGUACCUAGGAACCACACCGCUUCACCUAGGAACCACACAGCCGUGCCUAGGAACCACACAGCUUCACCUAGGAACCAUACUGCUUCACCUAGGAACCACACAGCCGUACCUAGGAACCACACCGCUUCACCUAGGAACCACACAGCCGUGCCUAGGAACCACACAGCUUCACCUAGGAACCAUACUGCUUCACCUAGGAACCACACAGCCGAACCUAGAAACUACAUCGCUUCACCUAGGAACCACACAGCCAAUCACCUGGACUCAAGCAAGAGCUCAUCCUCUCUGGUUUGAGCACUUUGUGUCUAAACUCAAAAAAAAAAAGGAUUUACUCAGUGUUUUAUUCAGAUUUGUUUUGGUGCAUUGUGAAGAAAAAUAUAUAAAAUAAAUAAAAAAUGGCACAGUAACGUCUCUUUACACGGGAUCUUUACAGUUAUUGUAACAGUGGGAUUAAAAGUAAACAGAUAUAUACUUUAUUAAUCCAGGGGAAAAUUCAAGCGUGCAGCAGCUGCAUAAAUAAAAAACUAAAAGGCAUGUUGGAAUAAUGGUACAAACCUACAUUGUAUUGUAUAAAAAAUGUAUCUAAUGUAAACAGAAAACAGGUUCUAUCAUCUGCGGAUCUGAACUGAAGGAAGGGUAGCUGCAUCUUGCCCUUGUAAUGUGGGUGGAGAGCAGCAUGCAGACCAUGUCAUUAGAAAAACAGCAUCUCAGUAAGUGGGUGAUUAACUAUGGCAGAGGGAGAGGACUGCAGGAGAAGCUGAAAAUCCUGGUGAUUCUAGUGUUAAAAAGCUGUUCUAUAAUUCUGCUUUCAUUCAUUCAUUUGGUGCAUUAACUAUAAAAUCAAGUCCCAUCCAUCAGAGCGGGUCCGGCCUGCAUCCCACAAAUAAAAUCAGUCAGACAGACGGUUCCACUCAGACCUGGAUUUACCUGGAUGGAAGAUGGAGGAGGAUGGAAGAAGAUGGAAUGAAGAUGGAGGAGGAUGGAAGAAGAUGGAGGAAGAUGGAGGAGGAUGGAAGA